CUCAGCUGCUGACAGCUUCGAAUAGGGCGUCUACGCUCUAAUGUUUAUAAAGGCAAAGCGCGCCUCUGGUUCAAAACCGAAGUUCGCAGGAAAAGAAACCACAAGUGACAAGAAAGGGCUUAUGUAGGGCGGAUCUGAAGCAGGAACAUCUGUCAUUAUUCCUUAAGAUGGCAUCGACAGAGGAAGGAGGAAAUCGAGGAACUUUUACAGAUACCAUACUGGAUGAGCUUGUGUUAUUGUUAAAGAAUUUCGUCUUGAAGUGGAUUCAGCGACAUGCAUUAAGUAAGGUGCCGAUCCUCCAGGAAGCGUUGGGUGUAACAGCUCUCUGUGACCCACAGCAGCAGAAAGUCUCUGAUGCCUUUCAGGUUGUUGCGGAUGAAGUGGAUGGAGAAGGAGGGAUUAAAAAGCUAAUAGAGGUUCCAUCAUUCACUCCCUCAAAGGAAGUGUUUGUGAAAAUUGUCCGCGAACUCUUUUCCGAUGGGGAGAUCAACUGGGGCAGGGUGGUUACUGUCUUCUGCUUUGCCGGCAUGUUUGUCUUGAAAGCUCAUGAAAGCAAAAUAUGUGAGUUAAUCAAAACCAUAAUCAGCUGGAUCAUAGACUUUUUCCGAGAAAAGGUGCUUGGCUGGAUAAAGGAGCAAGGCGGCUGGGAGGGAAUUUUUUCCUACGUCGGCAUUCCCAUGUGGCAAUUUUUGGGGAUUUUUCUGGCUGGGGUUGUCACCACCCUUGUCGUCGUCCACAAGAUGAGGGCCGAAUGAAGAGCCGACAGGGGCAUGGAAAAAAAACAACUGAGUGAGCAGAAGCAAACCAAGAAGUUAAUGGGAGGAUUUACAGAGUAAACAAGUCAAACAAGAGGAACUUGUACAAAGGAUAUUAUUGUUUGUCUCCCAUUCGAGUGUGAAAUGGUGACUCAGACUAUCAGAACUUAUGUUUGAGUAAACAAAAUCCAAGAGAUGACUUUAGAAUUAAACAGGAUCAUUAUAGCUUAAUGGUUUUUUUUUAUUUCUGUGUGAUUGGAAACUUUUUAUUAUUAUUUUAAACUUCAAUCAGUACUUGAGUUUUAAACUGUCUUAAACUGUUUUAAAUGUCUAAACUAACUUCCACUUUUUUCUAAUGCAUUUUCUAAGCCGUUACUUUAAAACUUGAACCUUUUGGACCACAGCUGAUUUCCCUGUUGCGUGCAGUCACGUACACCUUACAAGUUUGUACUCUAAGCAUUUGGCCAAUCGCAUAGAUUUGUCUCUCAUAAAAAAAGUUAUUCUCUGACUCAUUAAUCUUUUCCCCUGGGUUGUCUGACUGGAAAGUUUAACCUGUUAUGCAAACAACUAGAAAGGGAAAAUAAAACAAAUUAAGAUGGUGGAAAAGAAGUCCUUUAUAUUAUUUUUGUAUAAAAAAAGCUUUUGCGCAUGUGUAGCAGGUGUUGCAGGACAGCUUUAGCAUGAUAAACCUGGAGCUACUUAUCUGCAGUGUGUUAUCUUCAGCAAUAAAGUCAUCAAGAGUGAUUUAAAAGCACACUGUUGCACCAUCUUACACGUUUUAAUAUCCACUGCUGUAAGUACAAGCACGUUGAUGAUUGUAACCAGUUCAAAACUGGUUACCAGUCUACCCUAUUAAACCACUGGUGUUAACUGUACUAGGUAUGAUCAUACUGGUGAUUUAUUAGGCCUAAAAAGGUCCAAAACAAUGUUAAACUUGCUGCUCAUCAGGUUGAUAUAGUGGAGAAAUGCCAUACACCCUUGUUUUUACCAUUUACUGUAUUUUCUGGACUAUAGAGCGCACCUCACUAUAAGGUGCAACCUUUACAUUU